AUGACAACAGAAAAUAAUGCACCUGAGUCAAUUGAAUCAUCAUUAAUUAAUAAACAUGCUCGACUAAAAAGCUAUAUCAAUGAACAGUUAAUAAUGGCCGAUGAUAUUAUUAUAAUUGGUGAUGAAUGGGAGCGAGGUGUCCAAGAAUUAUCUCAACAUUAUGAUCAACGUCUUACAAUGUAUCCGUUACUAAAAAAUAUUGAAAAAAAUUUAAAAAAAAUUAGAAGUGAAAAAGCUGAUGAAUUUAAUAAGACUCAAAUGUAUCAUGAAGAAAUUAUGAAAGAAUUGUUUUCUGUUGAACGAAAAGUGAAAGAAUCACUUAAAAUAUAUGAUGAAGCUUAUCAACGAUGGCAACAACAAAUUCUUAAAUCACAGCAAGAGACAACGAAAGAAAAAGAUACGUUAACCAAACGUUUAACACAAAAAGUAUUGCCUAAAACUGAAAUUGAAACAUUAGAAACAAAUGUUAUCGAUACGCGAAAUGUUUAUCUUCUAUAUUCAAUGUUAAUCAAUUAUGCAUUACAAGAUUAUUAUCUUAAACAAUUUGUAGUUGAUCUCGAUAAACUACUUGUCUGUGAUUUAUUUCCACAAAUACAAAUUGAAUUAAGUGAACUAACAUACGCUGAAUAUAAACUUAUGAGUGAUACGUUAAAUCGAUUUAUUUCUGUGGCAGUACAAAAUGCUAAUGAAAUGAAGAAAAAACUUUUACCAACAUCUAUGAGAUUGUACGCGUUACAAUUAGUUGCUGAUGAUAAAGUGAUAGACAUUAUUAAUGUUGAUGAAAAAUAUUUAACACAUUUAUCAUCGGCCUAUUUAAUAGCGUUAAAUGAAAUCAAAGAAGCAGAUAAUCAAAUUGAAGUUGCUUUAGAAAGUUCAGUGGCACAUCAACAAAAUAAAAUGCGUAAAAUGAUGGCAAUGUUUGUAGUGGAAAAAUUGGAAUCAUUAAUUCCAAAUAUUAAAUCGAUAACUGCUAAAUCAAAACUGGGAAGUUUAAAAUCAUUUUUAAAUACAAAAACAGACAGUAAUUAUUCAGAAAAAUUGGAUUCUCAAUCGGUACCUAAUAAUGAAAUAUCUUCAUCUCUUGCUGAUGGAACAUCUGAUCAACCAUCUAGUGUUGAACAAUCACAAGUACUCACUUAUCCGUUCCAAGCUGAAGUUUUAUAUGAUUUUGUAGCCUCUACUGACGAAGAAUUAACCGUUCAUAAAGAUGAUAAAAUAUUUAUUUUAUCUGAAUCACCCUACGAUGGAUGGCUAAUUGCUAAAGCAGGACAAGGUCAAUCGGGUUUUGUUCCAACGACAUAUGUCCAACGUAUUGAAACGACUUUCAUUACAAAAGAUCGUUCUUCAUUAAGUCCACUAAAGAAAGAGAAACAAUCGAAAACAAAAGCUAAAUUUAACCUUACUUCGAAAGUGACUCAAUUCGGUAAGAAACAUGGUUUAAAAUCACCUAAAGCAACUACUACAGUAUCAUCAUCAAACGAAAAUGGCAACGAAGAUAAACAAAUGAAACCAAUUACAAAUUUAGAUGAUGCUGAUGAAGAAGAAGAAAAUCGAUCUGAUUUUUCUGAUAGUUAA